AUGUUUAUAUGCUUUGACAGGUAUGCGUUCACCGUCAUUCUUCUGAUAAUGAUGGCUACGAUAGCAUCGUCGACCUCAACAAUAUAUGAGAAUAUUUCUGAUACUCAAUCGACCAGCCAUUUGGACGAUCUAAAACUGGAGGAUUCGGGAACGUAUGAUGCGGAUUCAAGAAGUAACUCGAAUGAGAAAAUCACGAGUUGCUCGGAGUCACCAGAAUUGUGCUCAUCGCAUCAGGAUGAUGACAAACAUAUAUACACGAAUAUACGGGAAAUGGAAGAGUUGAAUCAUCGUCCGUACCCGCCAGUGCCGGAUGUUGCAGAUGUUCCACGACGGAAUCUGAAUAACGGAUGGAUGGAGUACGAAACCGAGGCGGGAAGAACUUAUUUUUACAACUUCGAAACUGGGAAGAGUCAGUGGAUUCCUCCAAGAUUCAUUCGGACGCCAGCACAAGUUCAGGCCAUGCUUCAAGCUACUCGUAACGAAGUCGACGAAAACUUCACGACUUGUUCUCUGAAGCGUGAAGACUCUCACUCAGCUGAAGAAGAUUCCUCUCUGGACAUAUCAUCGUCCCGUGCCGGGCAGUUCGAUGAGGCGCCGGUGGAAACGAUAGUUUCAUUGGAAAGAAAACACAGCCUAGAACAAGACUUCAAAAAUUCGCCGCCGUUGCACACCUAUCACCACGCUACUUCGAGCAGUGACGACGCUGCGAUGCUGUCAUCAUUUCAUGCCCAAAUGGGUCCGGAUCCGUUGGGCUUGAGCCUAAAACAGAGCACGAAGCAAUGUCGGAAUCACACCGCUGCAGCAACGACGGCGGAGAGAUCUCAUUCCUUCAACAAACGACACUGUUCUCUGAAGAAUGUGCCGUUACCCCAGUUUCUCAGCUUUUUCUUUCGUGAACCUAUAAUGCCAACCCAGCGUUUGGCUUUGAGUGCCGCCGAUCCG